AAACUCGCUCGCGCCCUCUCUCUCUCUCUCUCUCUCUCUCUCUCCAAAUCGUGCUCCUCCUAUUCACCUGCGAAAAAGAGGAAAUCGGAGCCUGCUCGUCAACUUUCUCUCUCUAGGGUUUCGUCUUCCUCCUCCUCCAGCACCAGCGCCAGGUUCGUCUUCGUUGCAGGACCUCGCGUUGCUUCUUCGCGCUUGGUUUUUGGUUUCCUGUUUGGAUUCUGGAGGGAGAGGAGUGUGCUUUUUUUUUUUUUUUUUUGUUCUUUGGUUUUUCCGCCAUUGCCGGUGCUUCGAUGGAGGACGUGUCCGACAUGCUGAAGCAAGCGGAGCUGAAGAAGGAGAGCGUCUCCAGGGCGUACGAGCGAGCGCAAGCCCAGGCGUCGAAGGUCCUGCUGUUCACCUUCCUGUGGAAGGACUUGGAGGAGCAUUUCGACUCCAUCCAGAGCUCGUUGCAGUGCCGCUCCGAGCAGCUCCUCGAGGGCGAGAGGUCGCUCGAGGAGCGCGCCCGCGCGGUCGAGUCCAGGGAGGGCGAGCUGCGCGAGUUCCGGCGGAGGAUCGAGGAGUGCGAGGGGGAGAUCGGUAGGAAGACGAGGGAGCUGGCUUCGGUGGAGGAGCAGGUUGAGAGGUUGCGUGACGAGCGCGAGUCGGAGGAGAAGCGACUGGUUCUCACGCGCGGCGCGCUCGGUGAUUGCGUUUCGUUGAUCAGAGACAAGGGGGAGGAGUUGAGUUCCCUGAGGCGGUCGACCGAGGAAUGCCUUGGGAAUUACAGUUCGAAAAAAGAGGAGAUGGAGCUGCUGCAACAGAAAGUAAGCUUGCAAGAGGAAAAAGUUGAACAGUUGCAGAAAUUGCUAGAGGAGAAUGCUAGGGAACUAGAUUUUGAAAUAGAGAAGUUGAAAUUGACCAGGAGUUCUCACAAAGAAUUGUCGGCAGAGGUCGAUUUGAAAAGACAGGACUUGAGCAUGGUACAGGAUCUGAUCGAGGAUAGUUACAAGGAAAUGGGCUCGAGAGAGAAGGAGUUGAGCAUUCUGGAACACUCUAUCGAAGAGCUUGAUGGGGUGAUUGCGCUCAAACAUGGUGAAUUGCAAUCCCUCAUAGAUAAGAUAAAUGACUGCUGCCUUGAACUUCAAGUUAAGGAGGAGGAACUUGGUCGAGUCAAGAAAUGCGUUGAAGAGUUCACUGAAGCACUCGAAUCGAAAGAGAGUCUCCUUGAUUCAAUCAAAACAUUGAUCAAGGAGAACAAUGAAGAGCUUGAAUCGAAGGAAAAGCAAUUUGAUGCAAUUAAAAAGUUGAUCAGUGAGCGGUCGGCAAUACUUGAUUUGAAAGAGAGGGAGUUGGGGUUAAUCGAAACAACUAUUGGAAAGCUCUCGGAAGAGCUUAAAUCCAAGGAAGGUCAUUUGGAGGGUAUCAGGAAGUGUGUAAAGCAGAUUGAAGAGGAAAUGAAGACAAAAAUGGAAGAGCUAGCUUCAGUUAAAGGAAAAGAAAGAAAGGCUGGCAAAUCUCUUCAAUAUCUAUGCAGGGAAUUAAAUGCAACCAAAGAGUCCAUAAAAGACCACGAUCUUGAAAUUGAAUCCAAAAGGAAACAGCUAGAGUCCAUUGAAAUUCGUAUUAGGAAAUCUGCAGAGGGACUUCAACUGAAAGAACAAGAGUAUGCUUCCGUCCAAAGCUCAAUUCUUGAAUGCUCAUUGACCCUUAAGUCCAAAAAGGAGCAAUUGGAUUUGAUGCAGAAGUCGAUGGCAGAGUGCUCUCAACAGCUUGAAUUUAGAAAAGGGCAGUUGGAUCAAAUUGAAGAGAGAAACAAGGAAGGCCACAGAGAUCUCGAACUCAAGGAAAAGCACCUCUAUGCGCUUAACUUGUUAAUUGAAGAAUGCUCUAAGAUACUUGAAAUGAAAGAGAAAGAAUGUGAGGUCCUACGUAAUGAACUAGAAUUGAGGAGGGAACGCCUUGAUUUGAUUGAAAAAUCACUCAAGACCCGCUCUAGGGAAUUGGAGUUGAGAGAGAGUUUUAAUGUACUUUCUGGGGUAACGGCUCAUGCAUUAGUAAAUGAAUCUGCUUCGGCUUCACAAGUAAAUUCUCAACCCAGAAUUGUUGUUGAUGGAAAGAAUCUGCUGAUGUUCCUAGGUCAGCAAUUCAAGGAGCACGACAGGGUGUGCUCUAAGGUACUGGAAAUAAUUCAAGCAUCACCUGACGCUGCAAAAUUGUUAUUAGAUGCCAUUGAAGGAUUCUAUCCUCAGGACUCAAGUAAUGGAGAUGGAUUUGAUAUUGGUAUAAUCCGAAGGAUUUGUAUCUUCCUCUUAGAGUCUAUAAUUACAUUUUCAGCAGAGGCGAAGCCUCAGGUGAGGAAAGCUGCAAUGAAAGUGGCUAAUGAAUGGAAAGCGAAGCUAAGUGUUUUGCCAUCGCCGGAGAAUUAUUCGGAGAUCUUGGGUUUUUUGCGACUUUUAGUGGCAUAUAAGCUGGCCUCCCCUUUCAAUGCAGACGAAAUUCAAAAUCUUGUCAAUUCUGUAACGCAUUUCAGAGAGGCGGAUGAAUUGCGCCAUCUCCAAGGUUCUUCAGAUGCACAACCUGGCUCCUUGAGAUCCAUUCAACAGUGGCAAAUAAAGACCGAGUCAGAGCUUUGUAUUGUGCACAAUGCAGAUGAUUCUUUGGUUACGAUUCCUCCACCACCAACUGGCUCUGUUGGAGGAACUUUGCAGUUUCUCAAAACUGAGCUUUUGACUGAAGAUCGUGCAAUCCUCAAAGAAAUCUCGGAUGAGCUGCGAAGCUCCUCUGACCCUGCAAAACUUGUUCUGGGUGUAAUUGAGGGGUCUCAUAGGCAACUCUCAAAUAGUAUGGAUAUGAAUUUGCAUACUGAUGUUCUCAGGAGUCAAAUUUUUCUGUUAGAGCAGCUGAUAAAAGUUUCACCUUCACCAACGAAUGAAGUUAAAGAAGGAGCAAUGAAGCUGGCAACAGAAUGGAAAGUGAAACUGACAGAAAAAGCCGAGAGUUUGUUAGAGGUUUUCAGUUUUCUGCAUUUCUUGGCUGCAUUUAAGUUGGUUUCUUGCUUCAAUGAAAAUGAGAUUCUGAAUCUAGCGGAUCAUGUUUCGCUGAAUGACAAUGCUCCUCUGUUAUGCCAGACCCUUGGUCUUGCCAACAGGAUGACGGUGCCAACUAGCACACCCGCUUCUUCCUCUGGAGUCCAUCUGCAGCCGCCUAGAGAGAAGAAACGUAUCGCAAGUGGCCCUGCAAUUGAUCAGCAAUCCCAACAGCACGCGCAUAAGUGCAGAUACAUGAUGAAAAAUCCAGUACACCCCGUGUAAUAUCCGACAUGACUCCUAUCCUUUGUGAGUCAUGAAUCAAUCACCCUUGAGCACUAUGGUAUUCUCUGCUAACAUUAGGCCCGAGCAUUGUCUACCGUUGCCAAUUGCCUCUGACAUCAGCAAUUCAGCAAUGGCAGUGCCGAUGAAGUACAGAAUGUAUAGGUAGAUAGGUUGCUAACAUGUGCAUUGUCUCGCUCUUGGAAAGUAAGUUAAUGCUUUGUAUAUAGGAACUUAUCCUAGGAAGCUCUCCACAAGGUUGAUGUUAUUGUGCAGGAUGAUCGGAACAUACAAGUAGCAGAUUAUGUAUUUAUGACCUACGUAGCUAUUUUACUUGUGUUUUUAGCUUGAAUUCGUGGAUCU